GUCUAUCCUUUUCAGUGUACUUGGUAGGUUGUAGAUUGUUGGUUUUCGUAAGUCUAUGUUGUAGAGUGAUCGAGUUUUAACUGUCGUGUUUUGCGUAAACUUUAAUCUUGAUUAUUGAUUAUUAGCGCCACGGGACCGUUGUCGGAAAUUAUAACCCAUUCGGUGAAGUGUUUUUCUUGAGAGAUAUAAGUGAAGUUGUUUCUUGGCAAAUAUACGCUCGAUAAGGAUUGGCUAUAUCAGUGUGUUAUAAUGCGACAGUGCUUAUUUUGUCGUAUGGAGAUUCUCUCUGAAUAAAGGAUGAAUCGUAUACGCCCAGUUUCGCAAUUGUGUGUGAUGUCUUUCGUUUCCGUUUAAUUAGUACAGAAGAUUCGUGUUGUGAAAUCUGUAAUAAUUGGCUAUAUAAGGCAUUAUGGAAUUCCGGUGGUACCUGAUAACAAAAUGAUGGAGGUUGGCAAACAUGGAAAAGUGACAACCAUAGGAGUUAAACAGUUGCCGAUAAGACCAUAACAACAUUAGUUACAGCAAAGAUCAUUAACUCAGUUUACUCUGCAGAACUUGCUAACAUUUAAGAGCGCAUUCACAAUGACAUCGUGUUUAACCGAGGAUCCGGAUAAGCUGUUAAACGAAUGGCUUGGCGAGCUGGAGAAUCUUAUUGGCGGUUUAGAAAUUUCAAAUCCAGCCGUUGCAGCUUCAGUCACUAGAUUGCGUCCCAAAAGUAAUACCUCAACCGAGCGCACUGAUUCAUAUCGCUUCUCAAUGGCGAACUUGGAGGAAACACAUGAAGCUGAGUUGGAUGCAAUCCUAGGAGAACUCAGUUUGUUGGAGCAGCGAGGCGAAUUACGUCAGGGUCGAACCCACUGUCGUACUAAUUCUACGAUUUCAGCAGCUACAAAUACAACAAUUUCGUCUGAGAGUGGCUGCAGCAGCGUUCCAGAUAGUACUGCUAGUAUAAGCAGUUUGCGAGAGCCUCGAACAGACAGUCCAGACAAUGACUCCGCGUUCAGUGAUACCGUUUCACUCAUGUCAAGUGAAUCGUCUGCAUCCAGUAGUGUUAGUUCGCAUUUGAAGAAUCUACAACAGAAUGUCCAGAAUGCGGUUGAUUCUGGAAAGCAAGCAAAAAUUCAUCUCGCGCUACAAAAGUUGGAACAAGCUACAGUAAGACGACUUUUCGUGAAGGCCUUUUCGGCUGACGGCGCGUCAAAAUCGUUACUGGUAGAUGAAACGAUGACCUGUGGACAUGUUACGCGGUUGCUCGCCGACAAGAACCACGUUCAGAUGGAACCGAGCUGGGCGAUCGUUGAACAUCUGCCAGAAUAUCAAAUGGAAAGAUUGUUCGAAGAUCACGAGCUUCUGGUCGACAAUUUGAUGUUAUGGAGCAGGGAUUCGAAGAAUAAAGUUCUAUUUCUGCAGCGUCUUGACAAAGUUUCGCUCUUCAAGUCGCCGGAAUUGUUUCUUCCGGGAACACAGAUGGCGCCUGGAAGUGACCACGACGAGCACACUAGGGUGAUGCUUCUAGAUGAGUUCUUCUCCAGCUUGAACCAAAUUCCACUAGAAGGACCACUGUAUUUAAAGAGUGAUUCUAAGAAGGGUUGGAAAAAGUAUCAUUUCGUAUUGCGCGCAUCUGGUCUGCACUACUAUCCUAAGGAGCAGAAACUGCGUUCGGUGAAGGAUCUUCUAUGCUUGGCUCUAUUUGCUGGUCAUGAGGUUUAUCGAGGAUUAGGUUGGAAGAAGAAGCAUAAAGCACCGACAGAUUUCACAUUUGCGCUGCGAUGCCCGAAAGUUCCACCGGGUGCUAAAGGUAUACGAUCAGUGAAGAUGCUUUGUGCCGAGGACGCGGCUAUGUUAGAAACGUGGAUCACGGCAAUCAGGGUUACCAAGUAUGGUAAAAAAUUGCUCGAUAACCAUCGAUCACUGACCGAAGAUUUAGCUCGAGAAGAGUUAGAUAAACUUUCUUCUGCCCGUAGUGGAUCUAUAGGCAGCAUUGUAUCCUCGGUUCCUUCUCAGUGCAGCAGUAGCAGUAGUAACAGUAGUGGCAGUGGUACCAAUCAUUUAGUUCCUGUUCAUAACAACGGUCGAUUGUCACGGGCUUCGAGUUCCAGCUCGAGCGGAUGCUUAUCAGAUGAAAAUAAUGGAUUCGAUUCUGAAUUUCCUACUGGAACAAUCAAGCGAAAGCCAUCGAUGAAACCAAAUCUUCCACUGACUUCGAUGACCAGACAGUUGAAAGAAGUAGGUGAAACUACUCGAUUAACUGAUUCCUCACCUACCUCACCGGAACGAGGAGGAACACUAACCAGGCGCCACAGUCGACGAAGAAGUGAGGAGAGCAACAAUAGUGGAACAUUAAAGCGUAAACCUGCUAAUAAUCGUGGAUCAAUAGAGAGUAUGAGCUCUGCUGCUUCGACACCGACACCAACACCAACUAAUAGCGUUCCAGGAACUCCGGUAAAUCAACAACAGAUGCCAACAUUAGUCAUAAAUAACAACUUACUGAAUAGUAUCAAUAGUACUAAUCAAAGGACUAAUAUAUCUUCUCCAAUGCCAACGAAACCAAUAACUUCCUUAGAGGCUAUGCCUUCGUGUAUGACCGAUUCAACAUUCUCACUGCCGCCUCCGCCGGAUGAUCUCGGAACAAACUUUUCCGGUUCGACCUUAUCGCUGGACUCGCUACCCCCGCCACCUCCGCCAAAUGAACUAGAUAAUAGUUUCAGUGGAUCUCAAUUGUCGUUAGUUAGUAUGCAAAUGCCAUUGCCUCCCCCGCCACCUCCACCAAAUGUAGUAUCCAUGCAAUCCCACCCAAUAGUAGAGGAAAAUGCUAAGAUUUACCAAGCCGCGGCACCUGCGAUUUCACCGGUGGUUACAACAUCGCAAACCGUAACUUCAACAAAUGAGAAUCUUGAAGUUACUACCAACAUUAAACAGUCGAUCAUGAAAUUCAACAGUCAAACUCUUCCAUCGCCCAUUACUAACUGUAAUGGUAUAAAAAUCGAACCAAUUUACUCAAAAACUUUGAAACCAUCCGCCCUGAAAGCGCCUCCCUAUAAAGCACCCCCGCCAUACAAUGGAGAUGCAGUAUCAGCCCAAACACCGCCACCAGCUCCUGCCAAGAAUGUGUCAUUUGCCGAUUCACCGGUGCUUCUGAGGCGGAAGGUGUGCUUUGAAGAUGAGGUCCAGGAACUGCCACUAUCACCGCGUAGAACAUCUCGUGACAUUUACUCGACUCCUCCGAUCCCUCCACCAAGAGCAGAAGCAACGCGCCUCUCAACCUCCUACACAUCACCAAAAAGGUUGAGCGAUUCAGCCUCAAACCCUCCACGAGAUUUCUUGAAGGAUUUACAAAGGGUGGUAAACAAAAAGUGGCAAAUUGCCCAAAAAUGUAAGCUUGAGCCCGCCACAACUCCACACGAAGUACUCGGAUUCAGGGAUUUACCUAGCGAAAAUUAUUCAUCACACUAUUACAGGGAAUCGGCCAACGUUAGUCACUGGGUGCAGGAACACUAUGGCUCCGAGGGUCUAUAUGAGAAUCUUGGAAGCAAUAUGGGGAUAGAGCCGGUAUAUCCGAAAGCUCAGUUAGUGGUUAGUGGGUUGAUCAAGAAGCGACCACCGCCACCGCCACCAAAACGAAGUGAAAAGACACAGCUUACGACAACUGCACCGCAGCAGAGGUUAUAAGAUUGGGCCCUUCACGGGUUUUCCGACUGUCUGAUGACAGUUCGGAGAACCGUUCGUUGCAAGCGAAUGUGUAAUGGGUCCUCAUGCAAUGUUAGUGAAGUGUAAUGUAAAUAGCGAAAUGGUUUUAUGUGCAGACGGAUACAUUAGAUUUUAGCGAGUUGUUUGGUACAGUUGGUGGCGUUGGCCGGAUACAAUCUGGCCUAACAGAGAAGCAAGAGACUGGGACUAGUCAUAAUAUGACAUAUGUGAAAACGAGCGGGAGGAUCAGCUCAAAGUGCUGGCCUAUACCAUAUAGUCCGCCAUAAUGCUACGAAUGGGCAGGAUACUGCCUAAAUUUGCAAAACAGUCACAAUUGUGAUGAGUUUUACAAACAUGCAACAUAAUUUAUUGAAGUAAAAAUCGCAAAAUAUUAUGCAAAUAUACUAAAUUUAAAAUAUUUUACACAUACUAAAGACACAGAUUUGCUAAUCUUAAACUGUAUCAACUUAUUUAGUGCUUCUCGUAUACUUGAGUGAAAUUUGUUCGACACAUAGUGAAUUCCACGCAAAACGAUCUAUCAAUUUUCUAACGAAUUUUGUUCAAUGAUCAUUCGAAAGCUAUUAGAAAUGAUCAAUUAGACGUAAAUAUUAUCUACAUGUGUACGUCCUUUGUUCUCUAUUUCAAUACAGAACAUAUUAAAAAACCUUAAUUUUUCGAACACCUUGUGUAAGGUUAGGUAUAUUAUUGCUUUGAAAAAGAAACUUAUUAAGAAAGAGUGCCAUAGGCUGAAAAUACGGAUACGAAAAAUUAAGAUACAGAUAUUUAUUGUUGUAAACGAUUUGUGCUAUCUGGCAAAAAAAUCAUUAAGGGGCCGUACACAAAUGACGUAGCUUUUUUCUGGCGAUUUUCGACCCCUCCCUCCCCCCUCGUAGCAUUUGGUCACAAAAUUCUAACCUCCCCCUUGUAAUUGACGUAGCAUAUCUCUAACCCCCCCACCCCCCCCCCCCUCCCCCCGCAACGUGACCGGGAGAUGAAAAAAUUACAUAUGUUUUUCAAUUCUUUUAAAUAUAUGUCCUUACAAAAUGCUUGACGACUUUUAUCAACAUUUUCAUUAUAACAGCAAAUUACCCACAAAAGAAGCCCAUUUCAUGACAAAUAUAGUGUGGAUAGUUUUGUUUAGAAUUUUACAUGUCAUAAAGCAUGAAGAAAAGUUCACAAAGCUGCAGCUGCCAACGAUUUUAGGAAGCAUAAGCUCAACUAAAUUACUAAAUUUUCUUUGAUUGAAUCCGAAAGAAAAUUUAAUUCAGCUACCAAAAUAAGUCUACUAGUUAGAAAUAUUAGCUAACUAAUGUGAAAAUUUAAAUCCGCAUGAAAAAUCUAUCCUUUUCUUUGCGAGCCUUCCAUUCCGCGAACAGUAAAAUUUACAAAAUGAAAAACCGCGUGAAAAUCAACUUAGGAAUGGAGGAACAUUAAAUUGUUUUCUCUAAUUAAUGGGUUUUGAUGCCCGCCAAAAAAUUAAACUUAAUGCUACGUCGCACAACUUCUGACCCUACCCUCCCCCUCGUCACACUUCGUCACAAAUUUGGUGUACCCCCCCUACCCCCUAAAAUGCUACGUCAUUUAUGCAUGACCCCUAAAUGCAUUCUCACCUUCUUGCAGAAGACCAGUUAGUCUGAACCCGAACGAAUUAAAUUAUGGCUCAUUUGUUACGUGUGUUUAGUUCGAGAAAAGGUUUUAACAUUAAUUCAUCCUCAUACGACAGCUAGUAAGAUAUAGCACUCAUCAACAGAUCAGCAACAGUAAUUUAUUGAAAAAUUAAAACUUAUCUGGGAAACAAUAAUUAUACUCGAUGAAGUUUUUACAUAAAGAUAUACACAGGCAAUUUUUGAAUCAAAGGUUUUGUACUGUCCACAUAUUGGACAAUAAAUGAUUUAGAAAAAAAUAUUAAUAGAAAUUGGUGCUUUCUUAAAAAUACUAAUACAAGUAAGUGGUAACUAAAACUAAACAAUCGAACAAAACAGAAAAGACGCCAACCGCUAAUUGUUGCUUAUAUCGCAAAGUUGGAAGAAAAUUCAGAUAUCAAUCAGACCCUUCAGCGGUUUCUGAAUCGAAUGCCAACUCGUUGCUUUCGUUGCUAUACACUGACAGAUGGAAGCAGGAUGGAACAUAGAUGUGAAAUUAAUGUAUCAAAACGGAAGCAAACAAGCCGUCUCAACUAUAUAUUUUAAGUUCUUUCACUAUCAAAUGCAGCCGCAUAAAUGAAAAGGGUACAGAGUAGAAAAACAACAAUAACACUAUAAGAAAGUGUACAAAUUGGGUACUAACUGAUGUGAAUCGGAGUUUAGAGAAAAUAAUGAAUGAAGGAAAUUCAAUUUUUGUGAAUUUACAAUAAUCUAUACUCGUAAAAUAUUUCGCAAUCCUAUCUUCAUUGUAAUGAAUGCGGAACAGUUCGAACUGCGUCUAAAAAAUAAAAAGAUGAAAAAAAUGAUGUU